ACAUGGCUGCUGCCGGUUCCCCGCGCCUGGGGCAUGAGACUGAAAAUGACAGCCCAGAAUAUUCCUGAAGAACUAUCUUGUGCUGUAGAAAUGGAAGGAUUUCCAAGGGAGGUUCCCUGUUUCUCCCUUCUAGGGGAGGAUGGUUGGGACUGUGACAACCAUGAGAGACGUUUAAGGCAAUCAGCUUUAACUCCUGAGAAAGUAGAGGCUCAGAAAGCAAUUUGUGAAUAUCGUAGUUUUGGGGGUCAUUUGAGUACAAGUUCACACCUUUCACCAUCUCAGACAGUUCCUAUGACAAAUGGUUUUCAUGUACAUGAUUCAUAUGUUAGAAGUCUGGAUUGUGACUCAGCCUUACACAGUUGUCCCAAAAGUUAUGCAGCUAAGGGAACUGGUGACAGUGAUGCCUAUGAAAAAGCCUUCAAUUAUUCCACAGAAGUUGUUCAAUUUGGAAGAAGUCAAAUGAGAGGGAGAUCUUAUAAACACCCAGAAAGUGUUAAAUCUUUUAACCAUUUUACCUCUGUUGGCCAUCAGAAAAUAAUGAAAAGAGGCAAGAAACUGUAUGAGGGUAAGGACUUUGGGGACAUUUUUACCCUGAGCUCAUCUCUUAAUGAAAACAGGAGGAAUCACCCCGGAGAAAAACAGUAUAAAUGUACUGAAUGUGGCAGAUGUUUCAAACGGAACUCUUCCCUUGUUUUGCACCACCGAACUCACACUGGAGAGAAACCUUAUACCUGUAAUGAGUGUGGAAAAUCCUUCUCCAAGAACUACAACCUGAUAGUACAUCAAAGGAUCCAUACAGGCGAGAAACCUUAUACAUGCAAUAAGUGUGGGAAAGCAUUCAGUGAUGGGUCAGCUCUAACACAACACCAGAGAAUUCAUACAGGUGAGAAACCUUAUGAAUGUGUAGAAUGUGGAAAAACCUUCAACAGAAAUUCGUCCCUGAUUUUGCAUCAAAGAACUCAUACAGGGGAAAAACCUUAUAGGUGUAACGAGUGUGGAAAACCCUUCACUGACAUCUCCCACCUUACUGUGCAUCUGAGAAUCCAUACAGGUGAGAAACCCUAUGAGUGUAGCAAAUGUGGAAAGGCCUUCCGAGAUGGCUCAUACCUCACCCAGCAUGAGAGGACUCACACUGGAGAAAAGCCCUUUGAAUGUGCAGAAUGUGGGAAGUCCUUCAAUCGAAACUCUCACCUUAUUGUACAUCAAAAGAUCCAUUCUGGAGAGAAACCCUACGAAUGCAAAGAGUGUGGGAAAACAUUCAUUGAGAGUGCAUACCUCAUCAGGCACCAGAGGAUUCAUACUGGCGAGAAACCCUAUGGCUGUAAUCAAUGUCAGAAGCUUUUCAGGAACAUUGCAGGCCUCAUCCGGCAUCAGAGGACUCAUACUGGUGAGAAGCCCUAUGAGUGUAAUCAGUGUGGCAAAGCUUUCAGGGACAGCUCCUGUCUGACCAAGCACCAGAGAAUUCACACUAAGGAAACCCCAUACCAGUGUUCAGAAUGUGGGAAAUCCUUCAAACAGAACUCUCACCUAGCAGUACAUCAGAGACUUCACAGCAGGGAGGGACUCAGCCAGUGUCCUCAAUGUGGGAAAACAUUCAGAAAGAGCUCAUCUCUUGUCCGACAUCAAAGAACACACCCUGGAAAUAAACCCAUGGAAACAUAAUGCAUGUGGGCUACACUCUUCCAAUGUGUUCUCAGAAUUCUGCAUGAAGGAGGUGUGUCUUAGAUGGAACAUCUCUCUGGUCAGUAGAAAAGUUUUUUUUAAGAGAUAGGGUUUUGCUGUGUUUCUGCAGGCUGAACUUGAAUUCCUUGCCUCAAGUGAUCCUCCUACCUUGCUUUCCCACAGUGCUGGGAUUACAGGUGUGAGCCCCUAUGCCCAGCAAAAUUCUUUAAGCUAUCCAGUGAAUUGAUGAAUGUGAGACAUUUCAUGCCUUAUUGUUAACUCUAUUCAUUUUGGAAUUUCUGGAGAGAAUAUAAGAUGGUAAGAAGUGUAGGAAAAGCUUCAGGGGGGCAGUGCCUGUGGCUCAGUGAGUAGGGUGCUG